AAAAUAUGGCCCACGUUUCACUGACGAUUUUGUUUCUUUCAAUGGCAUUUUGCAAUAUUUGGCUCGAGCAUUUAUGUCAAUGUCUUGAGGUGCAAUCUCUUCGCCAGCCCAUCUGAGACUCUCAUUGCUGGGCCAGAAUAAUGUCCGCUGCUCAAUUCCCGGAAUUGCUGUCGCUCCUGUCGGAGAUCAAGGAGAAGGCCUCUGCGGUGACCCAACGAUGCACGGCUGUGAAGAAAGAGAAUGCCGGCUCCAGUGUUGAUGUAUCCAAGGGAAUCAGUCUUCUUGACGCUAAAGUGCAGCUGCUCAUCAGCUACUUGAACAAUGUGUCUCUACUUGUCCUGAUGAAGCUGGAAGGCAAGCGUAUAGAGGACCACCCUGUGGUGAUGCGGCUUGUCGAGUUGCGCACAGUCCUAGAGAAGAUCAGGCCAAUCGACUUGAAGCUGAAGUAUCAGAUUGAUAAACUGCUCAAGCUGGCCAUGGAGCCUACAGCUGCAUCAACACUAGAUCCACUCCGUGCACGGCCUAAUCCAAAUAACCUUAUUAGCGUGGACGAGAACGGGCAAGACAUUGAAGGAGAUGAAGAUGGUGACAGUGAUGAGGACGGUGAUAAUGAUGCUCUUAUCAAUGGUGACCUGAAUUUCGAAGACCGUGAUGCCGAGGCAGCCGCAGCAGGCCUCUACGUUCCUCCCAGGAUAGCUUCGAUGCCUUAUGAUCUUGAUGAUCAGCGGAAAAAGAAGAAGAAAGACUCGGGCCAAGAUGACAAGCACUAUGGGCUCAAUCGCGUCAUGCUGCAGGAGCUACGAGAUCAAUAUCAUGAUGGCCCAGAGGAGAUGGUGGACUCGUCUGCCAACAAGUCUCGUAAGCGUGGUCGCGAUGAAGAAGAUCAAAUGAGAUACGAAGAGGAUCAUCUGACUCGUCUACCAGGGAAGAAGAAGAAAAAGAGCACUAUCGCGGACGGCCUGUCAGCACUGCACAGUUUUGGAGAGGGGGGCGGUGAAGGCCAGCGGGCGCAGAAGUCGAAGGGCAAGGGCUUCUCAAAGAAGGGUGGUAAGAAAAAGGGAUCAUUCAAACGCAAACGCCGCUAACAUUAAUCAGCACCAGCAGCAGAAGUCACAUUCCUUUAUCAUGAAAUUGAACUUCAAUAUAUUUGAGAGCAAACAGCGAUCAUACUAUUGUUUUUAAUGCUAUGAAUCAAUUCUAUGCAUGUAAAUAUACAAGUAAUAACGCUUGUACAUUAUUAGACAUGAAAUGUUGUGCCGAACUAUGAUAUUCUUUCUCGUGGCACCCACGGUACUCAUAGAUAUGAUCAGACGUUUGGCCAGCCAUUGAGCUGGGAGACGUGAUUACACUUAGAUUCAUCUGAAUAAAAAAAUCCGCAAAUCUUG